AUGAAAAACGAAUGAGAAUCAACAAGCUGCAUUGAUCAUGCAGCGAUUCUUUCACUUUAUGAUAUAAAGGUGCUGGCUUUAAUCCCUGAUUUAUCACUGAGUGAAUAUAUGAUCGAUUACUAUUCUGUGAACGAAAUCGAUAUGAUACGAUCAGUUUUGAAUUUCCAAUCGACUUUUGAAAUAGUUAUAAGAAUUAAUAAUGAAAGAUACUCUUUAGUUUCUAAUAAAAACUCAAGAAUUUAA